CCGGCGGUGAUUGGGAGAUCCAUAGGGCGGCGCACAAUUGGCCCAGCGUCGACAAGGUUUGGUCGGGUAGGCCGUCAUAGUUAAGAACCUAUUCUUAUUUACAGACUUGCCUAGUUAAAUAAAGGUUACAUAAAAAAAUGUGUGUUCAGGAAUGUAUUUGUUCUCCAGUCCCUUUAACCUGACGCUAUUUUGAAUACAGUCGCGGCAGAUGUCGUCGCACAUAGGCUGGAUCACAUGGUACGCAUAGUGUGUGACGUAGUAGGUUAUUGGAUAGAAGAGGAAGAGAAGAUGUCUACUGCCAUCCUAAUAUAGCAAAAAAUAAAAACAUCGACCCAAUUCAUUCUACACUCAUCAUUUAGCGGUCUAGGCUACAACCACUGCAUGGUAUUGUUGCAUAACGGUCUCAAUGGCUGUGGCACAUGCGAAACAAACGGUCCUAAAUCCGGUGAUUCCAUUCACUGGGGCCAUACCUGGGGGACUACACCCCGGGGAGAUAGUCCUUAUCCAGGGCACUGUUCACAAUGAUGCUGACAGGUUCCAGAUGGACCUAUCCUGUGGCACCAGCACUAAACCUCGUGCGGACAUCGCCCUCCACUUCAACCCCCGUUUUAAGGGCUCCCCGUGCGUGGUGUGUAACUCCCUGGUGCAGGAGAGUUGGGGCUGGGAGGAGACCCUUCAGCAGCUGCCCUACAGACAGGGAGCAGCCUUUGAGACGAUCAUCCUGGUCCAUGAUGAUGUCUUUAAGGUGGCAGUAAAUGGUUCUCAUUUGUUAGAAUACAAGCACAGAAUCCCACUGGACAGGAUUGACACAUUUUCUAUAUCUGGGAAAGUCAAGGUGCGCGCCAUUGGCUUUAUACCAAACUCAGCAAUAUACUCAAUCUCAGGUGACCUGAGUCUCCCUUACAAAGGCAGUCUACUGAAAGGGGUGAGUCCAGGACAGCACAUCACAAUCAAGGGACACGUCAGCAUGUACCCACACAGCUUCACUGUGAACCUCCGCAACAACGGCAGUGAGAACAUCGCUCUGCACCUGAACCCCCGGAUGAAGUCGGCCAUGUUCAUCAGGAACUCCUACCUGAGUGAGUCCUGGGGACCAGAGGAGAGGGAGCUUCCCAUCUUCCCCUUCUCGCCUGGGGAGUACUUUGAGAUGCUGAUCCUCUGCCAGCCCCACCAGUUCAAGCUGGCGGUGAAUGGCUCUCACCUGCUGGAAUACAGGCACCGGGUGCAGGACCUGAGCACCAUCAACCAGCUGGAGAUCAUGGGAGACCUGGAGCUGAUGGACAUCAAGCUGUGGUGACCCAUGAGGCGAGGCCACAAUGGGCUAAGCCCUAUUCUGGACAACAGGCCCGUUCACAACUCCCCCACCCUGGGCAGUGAGCAGUGCUUGAUUAUGGGUUCCAAUGUCUGAGCCAUGAGGUUUACAGCUGAGGUAGCCUUGGAUCUGUUUGAGUGGGUCUACAGGAUUUGACAGUAAUACUUGUAUGCACUCUGGUGCAAGGGAGACUGGAAUAAUGUGUAAUGACAGGAGUAUUAUAGAAACAGCCCCAUUUACACCUUGCGCUAACCUGUGGGUUUUGUGAUCUGAUCAAGGUUUGUUGCGUCUAUAAAUAGUAUUCAAAUGUAUCUUAUCCAUCUGCAUUGACUGGAUUUCCUAGUCCCUCCCUUACAUUUGAAAUGAUUAUUAAUGCCACCUGUCAACGAUUUAAAUGGUUUCACCCUCCAGAUCUGUUUACAAUGGCUUGUCUGACUACCUCUGGAGGUGGUCAGGAAGAUAUACAAUGUAUUUUAAUCCACUACGCCGGUCUAAAAAUAUGGUCACAAUCAAGACAGAGGUCGCUUGUUAGCACCAGGUAUAAACUCAUUGGAAGGCCAUAAUGUCCAUUUACAUUGACAGGGACCGUGAUUUGGAAGGGCUCGACUAAAAUAUCUUAGAGCUGCACUGUUUCAUCAUUCUAAAAUUAAAUACUUAAGCCUAAUCACUAAAAUAAUCCAUUCUCAUUCUUCCAUCUCAGGUUCUUCAGUGCUGAAACAAAUUAUAGGAUGGUUACAAGUGCUGCUUGACAACUCAGAAUAUGAAAAUCCUGAAUAUAUUUAAUGUUCUGUACCUGAGGGAACAUGUGGCUAUUUAUUUACCCUCUGUAGGAUAUGUUCUUCAAAUAUAAUCCAAUAGCGGUUUAAGUUCACACAUUAAAGGCAAUAUGGCCUGAAAAGGUUGUCACAAGGUCAAACUCUUCCAUGUGAAAUGGCCAAAUCUAGUUGACUUAAGCUCACCGACCAUAUGACCUAGGGCUGGGUUCAAUCCGUAUCGCCUGAAAACCAGCAUUAUAGCUUGAUUGAAAUGUAAAGGAAACAUGCGGAGACUGCAUUGGAAAUUACCUUCGCAUUUUAACGCGGCUCUUCCGCGAUAGUGGUUAAACCCAGCCCCUAGUCUAGUGCACUUCAAUUCAAGCAUAACUACAAUACAGGGUCAAACCAAUUGCACUGGGUGGUGAUGGUUCAAUGAAAACAAGGGCUGGAUUCAAUCCGUAUUGCAGAAAGAUCUGCGUUCAAAUGUAAAGGUAAAUUCCGAUUGAGCUGACAUAUGCAGCGUUUACCGUGAAUAUUGCCUUUAAAAUGUCAAAUCGAGCUAUAACGUGGAUCGAAUGUAUGACUGCACGGCCACUAUUUUCAUGCUUGGCCAAAAGUCCAGCGCUAUAGCACGCUUAAAAUGUAAAGGUAAUUUCCAAUUGAGCAGACGUGCGUUUACCGUGAAUGUAGUCUCCGCAAACCUGGGAACAUUGCAAGUUCUUUCAGUCACCCAUUUUCAGCCUUAUUUAAAUCAAUUCUGUUGUCAUGUGAUGCCUACUGUUUCCUUCUGCUGUAACCUACUGUAUGUAGUAAUGUCUUAUCAUUAGUCUGCUUUUAAGUCAAUUAUGAUUGGGGGUCAUUUUUAAAUGUUCUAAUCCAUCCAGCAGGUCCUCAAUUACCUGUGAUAUCUAUGCACAUUUAUCACCGCUACACAGGUGCAUUUCUCCUCUUCAACCAGCCAGAUGGGGCUAUAAGUUAAGCGGUACAAACAGCGGUCGACUGGCCCAUUUUUCUAAAUCAAAACAUGCAGCGGACAAGCCCCUACUAUAAACAGAGGCCGAAGCCAGAAAUAUCGCACCCUACACAGGAAAAUGGAAUCAAGGUUUGAAAUGAUUGUUUUUGUUAAGAAGCCUAAACAGAUAUUUAAGGUCAAUUUGCAGUCAAAUUAUAUUUGUAUUAUCUUCCGACCAUCCAAUCAAGGAGAAAUUGGUGUAAGAUGAUGGUUUCCUAUGGAGUUUGCUACAUAAAAAAAGACAAUCCAUGUGGCUUGAGGAAAUGAAAUUCCGUUUGAAGUAAGCCUAGCCCAUGCAAGUCUCUUCUUGACUGUCUCCUGGUGACAGAGGGCCCUUGUUUUCCACUCUCUCUGAUGCUGGAGGUCCUGAGGCCUUAGACCCCUGAUGAAUGGACCAUUACAGGAGCCUAGAGCAGGACUUACCCUCAAUACAUCAUGUAGAAUGAUUUUAAAACUGUUGAAUCGUUUGUGUUAUUCUCAUUUAGCUACACUUAUCAAAGGCACUCGUCACAAGGCUACCAUUAAAUACCUACUGAAGGAUGUGUGAUGUCAGAGGUGAUAACACAUGACUUUCAACAGGUCACCUUGAGGCUUGGCGUCAACAGAAUCUAGUUCCUUAAAAAUGUGAUUUUAUUAAUAUAUCCACAGGAAAAAGUACUUGAGGAAAAGAAAUGACCUUGGUAUGGCACAAUACAGAAUCUUAACAUGUAACUUAAAAACAUGUAUGAAUUAAAUGAUAUACAUCAUGAUGACAUCAA